ACUUCUGCUAAAAUCCUCAGAUCGUUCUGUUGGCGCGAGUCAAUCUAGACUUGCGCAGCUGGCGUUCCUGCUCGCGCGGAGCGACACGCGCAUAAUAAGCUGUGUCACGGCUGCUGUUUAAUGCAGGUUGGAGGGAGAGACGAGGGCAUUUAGUUCCUGUCGUCAAAGCGGCUCAGUUGAGUUGAGUAGUUAAGAAGUUGUGCGCCGGUUUCGUUCUUUUCCUUCUGUUUUUGUUUCGUCGUUUUAUCUCUAGUUAAUUCACACUCCUUUUUUGUAUACAUUUCAAUUGUUUCUAUCAUCGAAACAGAUCCUUUUCACAACAAUUAUAACAAAUACCGGGGACUGGGUAGAGGCAGCUACAUAAUCCUUCCAGUGGAGAAGAAAGGAUUUCAACUUUCACCGUUGUAUUUGGUUCGUCGUUGGUGUGUUCCACACGAGUUAGUCACCGUGCAGGCAUUUCAAGGUAUAGAAGCUGUAGCAGAGCAGCUGGGGGCUUUGCAAGUGAGACCAGUGUACGCCAUGGACGCGACCACAGUUGUGUCGCAACAGAACGGUACCAUACACAACUCGGUCCAGACAGGAAACAUGGUAGACGAUUGUAACACCAACUUGAUCGUGAACUAUCUGCCCCAGACCAUGACCCAGGAGGAGAUCAGGAGUUUGUUCUCCAGUAUUGGAGAAGUGGAAUCGUGUAAGCUUAUCAGAGACAAAGUUACAGGUCAAAGUCUGGGCUAUGGGUUCGUUAACUACGUUCGUCCGGAAGACGCUGAAAAGGCAAUCAACACACUAAAUGGACUUAGACUUCAAAACAAAAUAAUUAAGGUUUCUUAUGCCAGACCAAGCAGCGAGGCCAUCAAGGGCGCUAAUCUCUACGUUAGUGGGUUACCAAAGUCAAUGACUCAGCAGGAAUUGGAGAAUCUCUUUGCUCCUUAUGGUCGCAUUAUCACUUCCAGAAUCCUCUGUGAUAACGUGAAAGGAUUGUCUAAAGGUGUCGGAUUUGUACGUUUCGAUCAACGAAUAGAAGCUGAGCGAGCUAUAAAACACCUGCACAACACUAUUCCAGAUGGCAGCAGUGAACCAAUCACAGUGAAGUUUGCAAACAAUCCAAGCAACAAUGCAAAGGCGCUAGCGCCUCUGGCUGCCUACCUGUCACCACAGCGUCCGUUUCCUGGACCUAUCCACCAUCCAGCUAACCGCUUCAGGUACAUUCCUCUGUCGCCGAUCUCCAGGUACUCCCCUCUGGCUGGAGAUUUGCUGGCAACCAAUCCUCUCUUAGCCGGGAACGCCCUCAACGGUUCAGGGUGGUGCAUCUUCGUGUACAAUCUUGCUCCUGAUACCGAGGAGAAUCUCUUAUGGCAACUCUUUGGACCCUUUGGGGCCGUACAGAGCGUUAAGGUUAUUCGGGAUCUGCAGACAAACAAGUGCAAGGGAUUUGGCUUCGUGACAAUGACCAAUUACGACGAAGCUCUGGUUGCCAUCCAGAGCCUAAACGGAUACACUUUGGGGAAUAGAGUUCUCCAAGUGUCCUUUAAGACCAACAAGUGCAAGACAUAAAAUCUACCUCUACUGCUCACGGGUCAGGGGAUGGGCGAGGGUACGAUUCAGGUAGGGAAGGUACUCGAUGACUUCCUACUCUACCUCUGUCGUAAACCAACCCUUCAAUGAAAUACUUUAAACGAAGUGCUUCGUAACUGCAGCUCUAAUCAUCAUGAAUCUUGAUGAUUCCAACUUCUGGAAAUCCUAGUCAUGACAUGUAUUUAUUAAAACUUUCUACACCAAAUUUCCCAAAAGCCAAAGUAAAUUUUUUACACUAUGUGAACGUAUGUCCGGUAUGAUGUAUGUCGGGUAAGACAUACGGGGUUUGAGACUAGCAUCUAUUUGCUACAAUAAUAUUUUCUUCAUUAUUGUUAUUAUUAUUUUUUGCCGUCGUUUCUCAGAUUGUUUGGUCAUCCUUUACGAUGGUGGGGUUGGCGUUUUAAUCAUGGCGUAUUGCUUAUUCGGUCACAAUGUUUAAAAUAUUAAUUUACCUACCAGAGUAGUAAUGCCCCUUAAAAUGAUUAUUUUACCAGUGUUUGAUCUCAUUUAAAGGGAAUACUUUUUACUAGUCGAGGAUGACCAAAACUAUACCAACAGUAGUUUGAAUAUUACCUUUACCCUAAGGUAUUUUAACUUAUUUUAAACUGCUUUUUUGUUAAUAGGUCCUAUGAGUAUUUAUUUGGACAAGUAUUUGCUGUUGUCUUUGUGAGUAUAUUAGUCAUUGUUAUGAUCACGUAGAUGCUAAAUUUAUAAGCAUUGAUUUAGAAAACCGGCAACUGUUUUCUCUCCUCUUUAUUUUGAUUACCAGCAAUUAAUUUUUUGCUUUCCUUUUGUGUUUCAUGUUAUUUUUGAAGCCUACUCCGGCUUUAUUGUAGUCUUAUUUUGUUGAAUUAAACGAAUUUUUGCCACAUUUUGUUAUGAAUGAGUUUGUUUAUUUUGAUUCUUUUUUAGUUUUAGUAGGUGCUUAUCAUAAUAAACACCCUUUUUAUUUAUUUUUAGAGGCACAGUUUUAAUAGGCCUAGUACCCUGCAUGCAGUUAUUAUUGUUAGUUAAAAUGAUUUUGCAUGCAUUCGGAGAUGGGGGGGGGGGGGUGGAGUGGGGUCUCAGCGAUGUGCACAAGGCUUACCCGUACCACCAACCAUCCGCCAUUUUAGUAGCUCCUAAAUGGAAAUUGGAGCCAACACUACCGCCACCACGGCCACUUCCACGAGAAUCUAUUUUUGUAAAAGAGUUAAUAGAAAAGCUGAAGAUAAGGAAAUGGUAAGAGCCAGGCUCUUGGUGUGUUAUACCGAAGUGCUGUGUGUGUGAUGUGUGUCCCACAGUUGUUUACUAGUUUUGGUAGGGUAUAGAAUAAAAUCUUAUCAUUUGUGUCCAUGAGAUGUCACCCCAAAGUGGAUGGCGUCAUACAAUAAAUGAAUAACACAUUCCAAGUUGUAAUCAAUGCUAUCCAGGGAUUUUUACAAGCAUUCUUGGUAUAAAUAUACCUGUAAAAUAUGUCACUAAAAUGUUAUCGAUGCCUAAAGGGCACCAGUCAUUAAAAUUUGCCCAAUGGCGAAAAUUUUAAAUUUUGGUAAGUCGUUACCUUUAAAUAGUACUAACAAAAAAAAAGAAAUUUAGAUUAUAAAGAGUUUAUAUGCAAAGAGAGCAUAGGGUUUCAAGCUUAUGGAAUAGUGUUGGAUCUAGGAAAUAACUGUUUACCUACAGCAUACUUAGAGCAGCUAGUAGGGUGCUUUGAAUUCCACACAAUAUUCCCUUUGUAAGUAUAGGUUACCUCCCAUGUUCCUUUGUGUGUGUUCUACCACAUGGUUGUAAAGACUGUAGUCCUAUACUGGAUUCGAAUUUCUUCAAAGGAUAAGGAGGCCUUGUGCCAGGUGCUGAACUUUUGCGCCUUGUGUGCAAUAUUGUAUGCAACUCCAAUAAUUACUUUGAAUCAGAAUUCGAUAUUUUAGAUGUCAUUCGAUGAAAUUCCUACCUUUUUUUUAUACGUGAAACAAAAGAAUUUGAAUAAUUCCAUAGGUUAUAUAUCCGUUUAAUAUUCCACUGCUUAAUGUGAGAUUAUUCUCAAUGGGCACAAUAAGGUCCACAAUGACCACUGGCUAAGAUACUUUCCGGUGAUUUUUGUUGGUUGUAAUUUGUGACCAGUGAUUAUGUGACAUUCCGUUUUGGUGGUAGUGUGAUAAGUUCUAAAGAACCUUUUUGACGCAAUAAGCAUUUGGUAAGCUAAGUAAGAGCAUAAGCUUGGGAUAUGCAGGUCUGUAAAACAUUUUUGCUAGUAAUCUUAUAAUUUGGCAGAACAGUUUCCAAGUAAAAGUAUUUUUGUUUUUCAUUGUCUAAUGAUGAACAUUUCGUUCAGACAAGUCUUGUAUUUGCGAGUGCAUAGUGGUAUUUUGUGCUUGCUAAUAUUGUUUAGCUUUUCCUUUUGCUAAUAACCAAUUCUAUUUAUUUUCUGAUCUACUUGAAAAUUGUAUUUAUGAGAGCUGACAUCUUUCCGAAUAUUUCUCUAUAGUCUCAACAAAAUUUCAUUCUGUAUGCUCGGAUACCAGUCUCCUCCGAAUAUCCUGGUUAAUGCUAUUAGAUUGACCAAUACAACAACCUAAGCAUUCUUCCUCUUAAAAAGUAUCCAUACAAAAAUCGGCCUGUUUGCUCCACGCUGGCUUUUACUUAGUUUUUACUUCAUUCCAGAAAUCUCCUAUUGACGUUUAUGUGUUUCUACGUCUAGGGUUUUGAUGUAUUUGUGAUAUAAAAUAUUUUGAGUUUAAACAUUAAAAGUAAUUUAUUCUACAUUUAUUGACCAACUUGGGUCAAAUUUCAAAAGUUGUAUUCCAACGCUCUUCAUCAUAAUAUUUUCUGAUUUACGAAACACAAUACUCAACUUCCGAAUCUCCGCCGAAAACGCCCGAACACACCUCGUCUCCGAGGCUCUAGGGAAAGGGAAGACAAGAAGAAGCGUUGAUUGGUCGGAAUUGUUCGUAUUAGUCUACUUAAGUAGCACCUCCUCACGUACUUAAAUUUUAGAAUAGUUUUUGUGCCGUUUGUCUGUGUGUGUUGCUUUAAGGUGUAGAUGUUAAGUUGCCUUGUGUAUGCUGAAGUAGCAGUUGUUUGAGUAAUGUAACAUUUUUCGUCGUAUUGACGAUUUUCAGUAUACAAGAUUACCGUAGUCUUUUUUCUCGAUAUUUUAUCAUAUAGGAUUUUGAGCAUUCUUUUCUUGUUAAUGAUUAUUCACGAGUCAAAUAUUUUGGUGUUUUUGGUGUUUUCUGAAGUUUAUCAUGUACCCCUCUAUUUACGUAUUAUAUAGUUUGGGUUUAUUGCAGUUCAAUUAGACGCAACGCCAUCUACCGGCUUUAUAUGGAAGCAAGUUAAACCCUACGCUGAAUUCCCUGGGAUUGGCAACGCGUUGUUUGAGGGUGUUCUUGCUUGCGGUUUUUCGGGACGGCCUUGUAUAUUGCAGUUUGAUUAAAGAUAUAGCUGCAAUCAAAUUAAAAAAAAGUAACUGAACUAACGAGACUUGAGUGUUAAGGGGUUCGAAAUUAAAUCUAAGUAGACCAAUGGCUGUUGUUUUCUGCGUAGUUUUGACUGUACUGCAAUAUUUGUACUUUUCCAUGUUGAAAAUAAAUUCCAUCUUGGAACCCAA